AUGAAAGUAAAGAAGGAAACCCAUGGCGGUAGAGAAGUUUUAAGACCCGAUGAUCACUUCUCUGGCAUUCUGAGUAUGAAGAUGAACAUGAAGAACUUUCUAAAGAAACUCCACAUCACGCCGAAUCAAUCAGAUGAAGCCGAGGGGUCAGUUUCAGCAAGUAAGUACAAUAAGUCGAGCGAUGUACCGUCACCUCCAGAUUCGUCGAGGUCUCACCAUAACAACAGCCCUGAGCUCAAACCCUUUUCUGGUUUAUCGAAUUGGUUAAGCUCUGUUGGUCAAAGAAAAAUCCCUAGUCCACCGAAUUCUCUCAAUGCCAACAACGGAGGCGCUAAUAAGGCCAUAGAACAUGGUGAUCCCGUUGUUACUGUGAAGCAGCAGGAUUCAGAAUCGAGUAAUUCCAAGGAUCCAGAGAAUUACAACUGUCUUGGCUAUGAUGACAAGAUCUUGGAUGGUUUCUAUGACCUGUAUGGAGUGUUGAGUGCAUCCUCAUCAGAGAGAAUACCUCCGUUGCUGGAUCUUCAAGGGACGCCUGUUUCAGACGGUGUGACGUGGGAAGCUGUUCUUGUGAACAGAAGUGGGGAUUAUAACCUGUUGAGACUUGAACAGAGGGCUCUUGAUAUCGCCGCGAGAUCGAGAUCAGUUUCUUCCUCUGGUUUUGUGAACAGUGAGUUGGUAAGGAAACUGGCUGUUUUAGUUGGAGAUUACAUGGGUGGGCCAGUCGUGGAUCCGGAUAGCAUGCUGAGAGCUUGGCGGAGUCUUAGCUACAGUUUGAAAGCAACUCUCGGAAGCAUGGUUUUGCCACUUGGUUCUCUAACUAUUGGACUGGCUCGUCACCGUUCCUUGUUAUUCAAAGUUUUGUGUGAUAGCGUUGGUGUUCCUUGUCGGAUAGUCAAAGGACAGCAAUAUACCGGUUCUGAAGAUGUAGCAAUGAACUUUAUUAAGACUGAUGACGGCAGGGAGUACAUUGUUGAUCUCAUGGGAGACCCCGGAACGCUUAUUCCAGCUGAUGCAGCCGGACUACAAAUAGACUAUGAUGAACCUUUCUAUUCCGCUAGUCCCGGAGUCAAUGAUCUAUUUCAUGUAGCUUCUUCCAGCAAUGGGAUUAAGAGCUCAUUUCAAGAGAAUGCAGAGUUUCGUACAGGAGAACGUCGUUCUAGUGCCAAGAGUUCCAAGGAGAGAACCCAAUCCGGAGGUGGAUGUGAUCUCAUUGUUCAUCCAAAUGUUUCCAAGGAAGAUGUGACGGAUGUUGAAAAGGCUCCAGUUCAAAAUCUUUCUAACAGGCCUAUUCAUUCUUUCACCCAUAUGAGAUCACCUUCUUGGACUGAAGGUGUUAGCUCCCCAGCUGCGCGUAGGAUGAAAGUUAAAGAUGUUUCACAGUAUAUGAUUGAUGCUGCCAAAGAGAAUCCACGGCUAGCUCAGAAGCUUCAUGAUGUUUUACUUGAAAGCGGAGUUGUAGCUCCGCCCAAUCUAUUUUCCGAAGUCUAUCCCCAGCAAUUGGAGGCAACCGUUGAAGUCAAAACUCCGACUGAAGCCAAGAAAGAGAAAGGAAAAGAUUUAGAGGCAGCUCAGCAACCUCAAGGUAGUGGGGACUCUCAUCAUGGACCAAAUUCAGGAGGGGACAGAGUAUCUGACAGAUCUAGUGGGAACGAGAUUUCCAAGUCUGAUGCUGCACUUGAUGAUGUAUCUGACUGUGAGAUUUUAUGGGAAGAAAUUACUUUGGGAGAACGCAUUGGACUCGGUUCUUAUGGAGAAGUGUAUCGGGGAGAUUGGCACGGGACUGAAGUGGCUGCGAAGAAGUUCCUUGAUCAAGAUAUUACAGGAGAAGCAUUGGAGGAAUUCAGAAGUGAGGUCCAAAUCAUGAAAAAGCUUAGACACCCCAACAUUGUUCUCUUCAUGGGAGCUGUGACCCGUCCACCAAAUCUCUCAAUUGUCACAGAGUUUCUUCCAAGUAGUCAUUUCCAAAACUUGUGCAGAGGGAGCUUGUAUAGGUUAAUCCAUCGGCCUAAUAACCAAUUAGACGAGAGGAGGCGUCUGAGGAUGGCCCUUGAUGCUGCUCGUGGAAUGAAUUACUUGCACAGUUGUAGUCCAAUGAUAGUCCAUCGUGAUCUAAAGUCCCCGAACCUUCUAGUUGACAAAAACUGGGUUGUGAAGGUGUGUGAUUUCGGUUUGUCUAGAAUGAAAAACAGCACAUACCUCUCGUCAAAGUCAACAGCAGGCACGGCUGAAUGGAUGGCUCCAGAAGUGCUUAGAAACGAGCCUGCUGACGAGAAGUGCGAUGUUUACAGCUACGGUGUGAUUCUAUGGGAACUCUUUACGCUACAGCAACCGUGGGGAAAGAUGAACCCGAUGCAAGUUGUUGGUGCAGUUGGGUUUCAGCAUCGACGUCUUGACAUCCCUGACUCUGUCGAUCCAGCAAUUGCAGAUAUAAUCAGUAAAUGCUGGCAAACGGAUUCAAAGUUAAGGCCAAGUUUUGCAGAGAUCAUGACUUCUCUAAAGCGGCUACAAAAACCUGUAACAGGUUCCAACAUCCCACGACCAGUACCCAAUUCUUCUUCAUUAACAACUGAACAAGAACAAAAGGAUUGA